CGGAGGAGGAGGAGGAGGAGGAGGAAACGGCUCCCCCGGGCCCUUGAGCGAGGCCGGCCGAGGUGGAAGCGGCGCGAGACGGUCGGGAGGGCACCGCCAUGCGCCGAAGCCAGGACGGAAAUUAUCGGAGGAGCGAAGAAUGAACAGGAUGUCACGUGCCGGCCGGGCGCGCUCCGCGCUGGCCGAGAACAAAGCGCGGGGAAGCCCUGCUCCAGCGCGCCUCUCCCAGCCCGCUUCCUGCUGCCGCCGCAUGGAGCCCGCCGGCCGCAGGGGGGAAGGGAGCCCACGGGCCGCGGCGGGCCCCUGCGGCCGCCCGCUCGGCCUCGGCAGCAGCCGGGGCAGGGGAAGAACCGGGCAGGUCGAGGCGCUUUCGAUCUGCUGCGUGGCGCGGAGCCUGCUGCAGGAGGGGCGAAGAGCAGCAUCGAGGCCCCGCACGUGCGCCCGCCGUAGCUUUUCCCGGUGCCGCGUGCUGAGCCCUGGUCGAGAUAGCGCGAUGCUCUAGGCGGAGGACGUGGGGUUAGCCCUGCUCGAAGCCUGAGGAGCCGCCCUGGGAAGACCCCCUCUGCAGGAUGUUCUCUCCACCAAAGAGCUCCCUGUAACAGGCGACGAUGACAAUCCCGGCAGGACCUUGGAAAGCACUAACGUUUCAGUAGCCCAGCACCCGUGGGUGGUCGCUUAUCCCUCCUUCUCCACACCCCACCCUCCCACCGCACACCGUGAUGGUGUAUUGACAGCGAAGAUUCCUGCUUUCUUUUCUCCUCCCCCCUCAACUUUCGGCAGCUCUUGGAUUUGUAUGGCAGCAGCGUAACCGUGGAGAGGCCGGGGUAUCACAAACUUAUGGAUUUUGAUAAGAGAGGAGGGAAAGGGGAGCUAGAGGAAGGUAAAAGGAUGUCCAAGGCAGGUGGAGGAAGGAGCAGUCAUGGAAGCCGGAGUGCUGGAACCAACUCGGGAGUCUUAAUGGUGGGUCCCAACUUCCGUGUCGGCAAGAAGAUCGGAUGCGGCAAUUUCGGGGAGCUCCGUCUAGGGAAGAACCUCUACACGAAUGAAUACGUAGCUAUUAAAUUGGAACCCAUCAAAUCCCGGGCCCCCCAACUGCACCUGGAGUAUCGAUUCUACAAACAGCUCGGCAAUGCAGAAGGAAUUCCUCAGGUUUACUACUUUGGCCCCUGUGGGAAGUACAACGCCAUGGUGUUGGAGCUGCUAGGACCCAGCCUGGAAGACCUCUUUGAUCUGUGUGAUCGGACCUUCACGCUCAAGACUGUCCUGAUGAUCGCGAUCCAGCUGAUCACACGGAUGGAGUACGUCCACACCAAAAGCCUAAUAUACAGAGACGUCAAGCCAGAGAACUUCCUGGUGGGGCGGCCGGGCAGCAAGCGGCAGCACACCAUCCACAUCAUCGAUUUUGGCCUGGCCAAAGAGUAUAUUGACCCCGAGACCAAAAAACACAUCCCCUACCGAGAGCACAAGAGCCUGACAGGGACAGCACGUUACAUGAGCAUCAACACCCACCUUGGGAAAGAACAAAGCCGCAGGGAUGACCUGGAAGCGUUAGGGCACAUGUUUAUGUACUUCCUCCGCGGGAGCCUUCCUUGGCAAGGCCUCAAGGCUGACACGUUAAAGGAAAGGUAUCAGAAGAUCGGUGACACAAAGAGAGCCACGCCGGUGGAGGUGCUCUGUGAGAACUUCCCAGAGGAGAUGGCCACGUACCUGCGCUACGUACGGCGGCUGGAUUUCUUUGAGAAGCCGGACUAUGACUACCUGCGGAAGCUCUUCACAGACUUGUUCGAGAGGAACGGUUACGUGUUCGACUAUGAAUAUGACUGGGCAGGGAAACCACUGCCCACCCCCAUCGGCACGAUGCACAGCGAGGUGCAGGUGCAGCCGCCAAACAGAGACAAAGCACAGCCACACACCAAACACCAGCCUCCCGAGGGGACGGAGUUGUGGGAUCCUCAGGCCGGUGGGCAGCCUGCCGAGGAGCCUUUGGGAGCUCAGCUGGCGGCCGGCAGGCUCGGGGGGUCCGUCCAGGUGAUGAGCUCCACCAACGGCGAGCUGAACACGGACGACCCGACCGCGGGCCAUUCGAACGCCCCCAUCACGGCGCCCACCGAGGUGGAGGUGACGGACGAUACAAAGUGCUGCUGUUUCUUCAAGAGAAGGAAGAGGAAAACCACCAAGCGGCGGAAGUGAGCUGCCGGGGCCCGGCGGAGCGGCGUGCGCGAUGGCUCCUCUGCCUCCGGCCGCGGCCGGAUCGAUGGCUCGGGCGGCGCGGAGACGCCGGGCGGCUUCGCCACGGCUCGGCCGGAGCCGCGGGCCGGGGGCUGGAGCGGGGGGGCCGGGCGGCCUCCCCCCCAGCCCGGCGCCCCGCGCGCAGGCGGGGAGCGGGGCCUCCCCAAACUGCUUGUCCUUCCCGCCGCUCGCCCGGCGCGGGGCCGUUUACUCGAACCAAGCCCGACUUCGCUGAAGUUCCUGCCUCCGUCAAAAAGAAGAAAAAACAAAAAAGAAAAAAAAAAAAGGAAAAGAAACCGAAACAAAUCCGCAGCGUCACUUGCUUUUGAGUCUAUAACUAGUUUGAAAACAGGGAUCAACUCUACAGACGCUAAACCGUCGCUGUCUUAGAAGAAGCAGAAGACAAAGUCGAGAGCGGUGGGCUAAGGAGGAUUUUUUUUUUUUUUUUUUUCUCCUGUUGCUUCUUUGUCUCUUAAGUUAAUUUAAAGUGAGUCUCGGUGCAGA